AUGGAGGGUCAGAGAAAACAACGGUGGGGUUACUUGAAAGACAAGGUUCCAGUCUCCAACCUUGAUGACGAAGAAGUGGAGAAUGGCAUGGAUGGAGAUGAGGAAGAAGCGGGAGAUGAAGACAAAAGGAAGAGAACCAUGGAGAAAAUUAGAGUACCUAGCACAGACCGUGUUCCAUCGCGACUGUGCCAGGUGGAUAGGUGCACUGCUAAUUUGACCGAGGCCAAGCAGUAUUACCGCAGACACAAAGUCUGUGAAGUUCAUGCAAAGGCAACUGCUACAACUGUUGUAGGCGUCAAGCAACGUUUUUGUCAACAAUGCAGCAGGUUUCAUGAGCUACCAGAGUUUGAUGAAGCUAAAAGAAGUUGCCGGAGGCGCUUAGCUGGACACAAUGAGAGGAGGAGGAAGAGUUCUGGAGACGGUUUCGGAGAAGGGUCAGGUCGGAGAGGGUUUAGCGGUCAACUGAUCCAGGCUCAAGAAAGAAUCAGGGUCGACAUGAAACUUCCUAUGACCAACUCAUCAUUCAAGCGACCACAGAUCAGAUAA